AUGAAGGAACAAAUGCUUUCAACUCGAGUGAGAAAGAAUUCAGUUGAUUUGGGUGUGCUUCUUGGGAAGCACAGCUUGUGCUUGCGACAAAAGAUCGCAAAAUUUAAUUAUCGACUUGAAGCGAAUUUAUUCAAAUUGUUAACUGUGAACAAUGGCAAAAUAGAAAAUCUUAAUCAAGCAUUUCUGGUAAAAAAGAAUCUUCAACAGUGUGGAAAUGUUUGUCCGAGCGUGAAUGAAGAACCAACACCAAGAGUCGUAAACUGCCAAAAAUUUAGGAGAUGGACGGAAACGAUAUAA